AUGGGUGUGUGGGCGUGGAAGAAGUGUUCUGCAGCCGGUGCUGAGGCUGAGUGUGAGAAUUAUACCUUUAGUGGCUUUGAUGUGCACAUGCAUGGCGGGAAUGGUGAGCUGGGUGCUGUGUGCCACGUGGCCAAUGCGGUGCACACAUGUAGCAACUGUGCUGCCAGCUGUGCAAGGAAAGAGGAAGGGGCCACCGCUGCCUUCACGAUGAAUGUGACGACGCAUAAACACGACGGCCCUUAUGAAUUGUGGUGGCGUCAAUUUUCUUCCGAUGGAACCAUCCAUCCGCCUGCACGGAGCAGAGAUGCUGACCGGACGGGCAUCUGUCAGUUGCCGCCACCCCGUGAAGGGAAGGAUGAGAGAAGAUCUGGUGGGACAACUGCGCCGCAAGUUAAUGCUGAGCCGUCACGUCAGAACGAGGAUUGGCCACAGUCUGCGGCGGCUGACGGACCCAACACCGUCGAUCCGAGUCCCGCAUCCAACACGGAGACCAACACGUCUGGGAAAAGGCCUCGCAUUGCAACCGAUCCGAAAGAAAACGUGGCUCCAACACCACCCUAG